UUCAACAUCUUACGCUUGUUUCAAUUGGUCUACUUUUCAUUAUUUCAAUGAUAUCCAAUCGAUAUGGACAAUCUUUCGAUUUCUCGGAAAAAAUAGGACAGUCAUUUUAAUUGGUUUUCAUCAUUUUAGUUCAACAAAAAAACGCGAAAGAUUGCGUUGAUAUUUUUUCUUGUUUGCCUUGCACAAACGUACAAGUUUCCUACCUUAAAAGUAUGGAAGAAAAGCCUAUUAAAGAAAGAUUGAGAGGCAAUAGUAAGUCGGUUCCCUCCAAAGGCAGUGAAGAAGGAAGUCAUGUCGAACCUAAAACUUUGGAGAAUCAGGAAAAGUCGUCUACAACUGGCAUAGUUAUUCCGUCGGUUCCCUCCAAAGGUAGUGAAGAAGGAAGUCAUGUCGAACCUAAAACUUUGGAGAAUCAGGAAAAGUCGUCUACAACUGGCAUAUUACACGGGGAAGUUAUUCCGUCGGUUCCCUCCAAAGGUAGUGAAGAAGGAAGUCAUGUCGAGCAUAAACCUUUGGAGACUCAGGAGGAAUCGUCUAACACUGACAUGCAUGGCGAAGGAACAAGAUUGAAAGGCAAUGAUAAGGCGAUCCUAUUGUCGGUGAAAGGUAGUCAAGAAGAAAAUCAUGAAUUUCCUAAAAACGAGGAUAUCCAAGAUGAACACUCAGGUGCUCCUCAAGGUAGUGAAGAAGGAAGUCAUUUCAAGCCUAAAACUUUGGAUACACAGGAAAAGAUGUCUACCAACACUGACCUGCAUUGCGAAGAAACAAGAUUGAGAGGCAAUGAUAAGACGAUUCCGUCGUCGUUAGAGGACAUCCAAGAUGAACGCUCAGGUGGUCGACACUCAGUAAGCUUAUUUCUCUAUGUCACUUUGGCGACUUCAGUUGUGGUMUUAGGUGUUUUUGUUUCCUAUUAUUUCCUGGACAAGUCCACUACAGAUACCAAGUUCGACUACCCAAAAAUAUUUGAAAAUAGAACGAAAGAAAUGCAAAAACUCUUYCCCAACCAAACAAAGCGAUUUUGGAGAAUCUUGAAGAGUCACAGUUUGRCACACCUAAGAAACAAGAACCCUGACCAGCCAUUGGUGAUUUUAUUGGGUGCCCCACCUUCUGCUCAUGCUGUGGUUGACUGUCUGGCCAAAACACUUACCUGGUGCCUUGACCCAAAUGUUAGUCCAUCCAACUAUAUAGAUGGAAGUAAAUACAGCAAGAAAGAUGGCGACGACACAAAGAAGAUUCUAGAUGAUAAAUUGACAGAUAUAUUUGAGAAWGGUGCCCGAGCCACUUUGAUCAUGCAUCUUGAAAAACUCCCACCAACAUCACCAUUGCUGUUUUAUAAGUACUGUGAUAAUGACGAGGCUCCAUAUAAACAUGCUGGUAUAAUAUUCACUGUAYAUCUACCCCAUGAGCCAAGUGGUUCACAAAGUGMAGUURAAGCAGAGGGAUCCAUUGAAAAAUUUCUAUCCAAUGUUGCWUGGAGUCAAUAUYCUUAUGAUCGUGACUCUGUUUUGGGUCUUUUAAGCCGUGUUGCAGACACUGUUGCACUAGUUAGCCAUGAAUCUGAUGUGGUGGUUCAGACAGUCUGUGAUGAUGUACAAAAAUAACAGAUUUUUAAGCACCCUUCUCAGUAGAAGAGGAUAAUAUUACAAGAAAAUCUCCUCUGACCUUAUAAUCAUCUAUUGUAGCCUACUCGGCAGGCAACUCCUUUGAUUUUUAAUUAGUCUACUUAGAUUGGGGUUCCUCUGAUUCUCUCAGGAAAGAUCAAUGAAACUGCCUCUCUUCACCUUUUCUUCCAAAGGAACCCCAAUAGUAGAAUGAAAACCGGGAUAAAAGGAGUAGACUGCACCAGGGGAGAGGUUGAGGGUAUAUUUUACUUCAUUAGCUUUGAUUGAUUUCAUUGAUUUGACAAAGGUGGGGAUUUUAAAUAUUUUUUAACAAUAUUAAUUUGCCCCUCCCCUCCCCCUUAAUUCAAUUGAGUUAAUAGCUGGUGCAUUGAUUAUGGAAUAUAUACUUGCUAAUAAAACCAUGUUUUUCAGUCUUCUCUUGUUAAGCUUAUAUGCAUGACAAUUCAAUGGAAGCCACUCUGUAAAGUUGUGAAUUUAUUAUAAUUUAUAACCCCCCAAAAUAGUUGAAAAUGACUUCCAGAAAAUUCAAGUACGGAAUACAAAAUAACAACAAAAAUAUAGCUGUUGCAGUUUAUACAAAAUAUGAAAAAUCCUAAGUCUUAUGUCAAAUGUAUCAAUUAAGUGAAAUAAAUGUUAAUAUAAAAAUUAGGUAAAACCUAAUAGCGGAGCUCCCAAAAGAUAUGCAUGUUGGAUGAAGAUGUGAUGCAAGACACAUUGGUCAGAUUUUGAGUACAUGU